CAGAAAAAUUUAUUGAAAAAAAAAUCAAUCAUAAUCCUACAAGGCUAGAGGCGUUUAGGUGAGGCCGGAUGAAGAAAAUCAGGUUUUUUUGAGAGCUUUCCUGAAACUCUGGUUCCCUGCUGGCCGAAAAAUACAGGACGCCUGAAACCCGUUCACAAAAUACUGGAAGCCUCCAGGGCAACACAAGCGUGGGACUGAAAUCCAAGCCUUGAUGUGGUGAAGGCUGUGCAGCCACCUUCUGGGUCGAUGCCUAAUACAGUAAACGUGGCUGCGGGCCUCAGGAACCUCCUAGGCUCCUUCUGGUCUGUUUGAGGCCGUGUCUGAAGAUAACAGCGAAUUCGGCUGGCUAACUGGUGGACCGAGGAAUCACUUGGGACUCUGGAUCCUGGUGUCUCCUCACUUGCUGGGGCUGGGGGUUUGCGUUCGGUACCCGGAGCGGAGGCCUCUGCCGGGCAUUGUGGGGUCAGCGUUCGGGACUCCCUGGCAACGCCUACUGGGGAAGGCCGCGGGGCGCACUCCGGAAGGCGGCAGAAAGGACUCGAGCGGCCCUUCCGCGUCUUGAGGCCUCCGCAGAGCCGCCCGGCCCUUGGGUUCCCGAGUCUCGGGCCGCGGCCACCCGGCGCGCUAGUACGUAGGAGAGGCCCAGGCCCGGCAUGGCGGACGCGCGGUCCAGCGGCCCCCGGCGCGGCGGCGCACGGCACGGGCUGCUGUAGAGGAUGGCGCGCCUGAAGUGGGGCGGCCCAUCGUUCGCCGAGCCCGAGGCGGAGGGACGGCGCGCGGCCGGCGACUGCGGCUCCUACUUGGGCUGCUGGUGCUGGCGGCGGCUCUUCCCGCGGGGCGCGGCCCGCGGUGCGCGCAGCAGUAAGGCCUGGUACAUGCGGCCCGGGCCGGCGGCCCAGGAGCGCGGCCGCUGGGGCCCCGCGAGCCUGCGGAGGCUGCUGCAGAAGCUGGCGGUAUGGAGGUGGCGCUAUUUGCGGUGCGGGGAGCGGCCCGAGAGUCUGGAGGAGAUCCCGCUGCUGGCGCUGCACGGCACGCAGGUCGGCGACUAGGCCGCGGCCGCCGGAAACCCUGCCCCGUCCUGCCCCGCCCCGCCCCGCGCCCUGCACCCGGAGCUUUGGUUUUGUUUUGUUUAGUAAAGACAAGAAAUGAAAAUAAACCGAAUUCCAUUUGAAUGA